CGCUAGUACACUGGGAUCCGCUACGACUCCUAUCUAAUAUUAGCAUUGCUACCGCCGCGCUCUUGUUCAUUUUUGCACUUCGAUUUGGCAUAAGAUAUAAGAGGAAAGUCAUUUGACAAGACGGCUAGCGGACCUGGUGGACCAGGAAAACUCCCUUCUGUAACACUUUAACUAGGGAAAGGGGCGAAGUCACGUGCAUUCAGCAAAAGUGUUAGGACGGACAUGUCAGCUAACAAGCAUCCGGCGUCUGCUUAACUCGGAGUGGAGGUUGUACUCGAACCGCUCUAUAAUGGGAACGACGCAAUGUGGGCUAUAAAUUAUACAUCUGAAGUUGCGCUGACGCACCAUCUAAGGGCUCGUCCGCCGCCUCCACUGCCAUUAACACGUCCAAUACUAUUAACGAAGGUAGUGUCGUUUGCGGAACGACGCCCCAUUGAUUCACCUGCUACGCCGAGGAGGAGGUCUUAUACGAAAACGUUGCCUCUCGGACCACCUCAACCGGUGCCGGGGCUGGAGGAAGAUGGAAGCGUGACUUCGUCCUCGCCGAGUUCUUUCCCUUCGUUAACUCCAACCCUGCCACUUGCGCCGCAUGAGUCCUUUCGUACUCACGGGAUUGAUGUCAAAGGAGAAAUCAUAUCUGUUUUAAACAACGCAGGGGCAGGUUGGAAACGGCACAUCCGCGUCUACGGAGGAGGCGUUUGCCUCGCCUGUACGGCAUCGGAAGGCAAAGGCGAGUUCUACGGCCAUAGAGUGCGGCCCGAGGAGCAAAGAUAGCUUUGAGAUUACAGUUUGCUAUCAGACACGGAAGAUAAUGAUGGACAUGACGAACCGAUCGAGAAAUGUCGUUUAUAUAACAUUGGAGUCUUUGCAUUGAUUGCGUUCUUGCAUUCUGUAGCAUUUAUCGGUCAGAUUUUUUGGUUAAACCUCGCCUGCACAGCUUUAGGGCAACGAGGUACCUGUCAUUGGUGGCUGUGUCUGCUCGUCUUAGCAUACUGGAUAGACGAUGCUUUCUAAAUCCCCGGGAGUCUAAGCAAAGGCCGAGGCCGUGGAUGAUGCAAAUACUAGAUGGUCAUAACACUUACCUCACAGCCCGCUUCAUGCUUACAUCCUCUGGAUGAGAAUUGCCUUGGUAUACGUGCCACCCAUACUAGCGAAGCUUUACA